UUGACAGUUGAUUGACAGAUUACGGUUAUAUUAGGCUGAAAUCUAUACAAUUUGUGUAUUUUGCAAGAUAUUCUAAAAUAAAUAUAAAAUGGCUGAUGAAGAAUUUGAUGAGAACGAUGUGGCAGACGAUUUCGACGACGAUGUGGAGGAUGAUAAUAUAGAAGAAUUGGAACAGCCUGAGGAAGAGGGUGAUAACAUAGAUAUACUUGCUCCCGGACAAGCAGGAGGUGGCGUUCCAAAAAGUAAACGUAUUACUACCAAAUACAUGACGAAAUAUGAGCGUGCUAGAGUGCUAGGAACACGAGCUCUUCAAAUAGCCAUGUGUGCUCCAGUUAUGGUAGAACUCGAUGGAGAGACGGAUCCCUUACAAAUCGCCAUGAAAGAAUUGAAACAGAGAAAAAUUCCCAUCAUCAUUCGAAGAUAUCUGCCUGAUCAUUCGUAUGAAGAUUGGGGUAUCGAUGAACUUAUUAUAAUAGACCAUUAAUAAUUAAUAAUUUAUAUAUUUUUCUAAACUAAGUUUUUGUAUAUACAUUAUCUUAUAAUUCAGAGGAACCAUAGUUUUGUAAAUUAUUGUUUGUAAGAUGA